CGUACGUACGUUGUUUGACGAAGUCGGAAAUGAAUUGAAGCUUAGCGUUGGAGAUCAUCAAAAUAGUGAAAUGCUUUAGUUUUCAAAUCGUACAAUUCAGUAACAUAUAGCAGAUAUUCAGCUACACAGACUCGUUUCCGUUAACGAUUGGUUAGUUACAUUGCUUCGAUCAAGAUGGAGGACACUGGCUCAGAGUCUGUGGCCUCACCACCUUCAGGUGCAGCAAAAUCAAAGUUGGACACGUUGUCCAAGGAUGACCUCAUCAAGUUUGCCAAGAAGCAGAUGGCUGCCAUCCAGAAGAUGAAGUCCAAAUGUGCAGAUUUGGAGAAGGAAGUUGACACCCUCAAGUCUCAGCCAACAGGCAAUUCAGACGACUCCGUCAUACAGGAGCUGACUGAGAGGAUGAGUGCCUUGUUGCUGGAGAAAGCUGAGACCCAGCAGAGUGCAGUGUUACUGCGGAAGGAGAAUGAGAAGGCCAAGCAGCGGGAACAGGAUGCAAUAAGAAAACUGGCCACCCUGCAGGGAGAGUUGAACCAGGCCAAGGAAGACCACCAGAAAAAGAUGGCCACUUUUGAGAAGGCCAUGCACGUAUCCCAGGCCAAACAUAAAGAAGAAGUCGAAUUCUUUCAGAGGCUUCUGAGAGAGAAAGACGAGCGUGACAGAGAGAAAGAAAAGCAUAGGGAAAGAGAAAAGGAAGAUACAAACGACAGUGUAGAAGCUGUUAGUCACAGCCUGAAGUCGCAGAUCCUGAGUCUGCAGACGGAGCUAGCUGCAGCGGUGGAGCGAAGCGCCCAGGAGGCUGCAGCGCUGCAGGAGGACCACCAGAGGGCGCAGACAGAGGCCCAGCAGGAAGUAGAGAACCUACGAGAGGAGUUGGCCCAGCAUAGCAUGCAACAUGAAGAGGAGCUGAGAGCUCUGGAGGAGGACUUUGAGAUGGAGAGAGAGAGACUGCUACUUCUCCAAGAGGAGCUCAGUGAGCAGCUCGCUCUCAAAGACAGCUUCCUGCAGGAUGUGCAGGAGGAAGAGGAGGAGCCUAGCGGCCGCAGCUCAGGAAUAGCCAGGAUGUUGGAGCUGUCUGGUUUAAGUCAGAUUGAUGCCAGUGAUGGAGAGACGGAGACUGGACAGCUCCGAUCCGCCUUGGAGGACCUGCAAUCCCAGAAUACAAUGCUGCAAGACGAACUGACCUUCUUGGGCAAUGUGAAGACUCAACUGGAGGCGGAGCUUGAGAGGAUGAGGGAGGAGUUUCAGACAGAGAAGGAGGAGCUAGAAUUUAAGAUCGAUGAGUUGCUGAUGACCCGGGAGGGUGCGACCCCUGACCUGAAUAUGACCCCUUACCGAGACCCUCUGAGCCCAGCAACCCCCAAGUGUGACCUUCAGGAGGUUCCAGCCCUCACUCAGCUCCAGCAGAGUGGGCCACAGAGAGAACCAGCGUACAGCCUGCCUGCCAGCUCUGCUAGCCCCUCCAGCCCUUUCCCUGACACAGACCACCAGAGUUUGACCCUGGAAGAACAGCAGAGACUGAUCCUAGAGGUCCAGGAGCUGAGGAACCAGUGUGAGACCUUAGCUAGAGAGAAUACCCAGGCGGUGGGUGAAUGUGAGUCUCUAGCCAGAGAGAGGCGCCAGGCAGUGGAUGAAUGUGAGUACCUAGCCAGAGAGAGGGGCCAGGCGGUGGCUGAGUGCGAACACACCAGAGACAUCCUGAGAGGCCUGGAGACUGAGCUAGGUCAGAGGACUGGGGACUUCGUCAGACAAUAUGAAGCUAUGAAGGAACAGGGGGCGUCAGCGAUCCAGGAGCUACAGGAGAGAGUCAGAGGGCUAACUGAGGAGAGAGAGAGUCUGGUAGAGAAGUUGAGAGUGCUGAAUGAAGACAGAGACAGCCUGUUGGAGAAGGUCCAGGGCCUGGAGAAGAAGCUGGAGAGCUUCCUGGAGCAGACACAGGCAGCCGAGGGGCUGAAGGAGCAGCUGCAGACCUCUCUGGAGGAGAAGACUGUGUUAGCCUCUGAGCUAAAGGCCUCUCUUGAGGAGCAGACAGCGUUAACCCUCGAGCUAAAGGCUUCAGUGGAGGAUCUGAGCAGGCAGAACGGGGAGAUCCUCUCUCAGCUACAGAUGAAGGAGAGUGCUGUUCAGGAGUUGGAGGAUUCACUCAAUGUGGUGAGCACAGAGAGAAACCAAACACUGUCAGCACUGCAGGAGAUGGAGGUGGUGAGGCUGAGGGAGGUGGAGGGGAGGCAAGGCCAAAGAGAAAAGGUGGCUGAGCUACAGGCUCGUAUACAGGAGCUGGAGAAGGAGAGGAGCCUGCUGAAGAGCAGCCUAGGGGAGGUGCAGGGGAGCCCAGGGGAGGAGGUGGAGGAGCUGCAGGCUUGUGUAGAGAAGCUUGAAAAGGAGAGGAACCUCCUGAAGUGUAAUCUGGGGGAGCUGGUUGGAGAUACUGAAGCUCUACAGAGAGACCUGGGAGAGAUGAAACUGGCCAAUGAGAAGAUAAGAACAGAGAACCAGGAACUAUUGGCCCAGGUCAGCAACACUACAGAGACUCUGGCAGACAAAGAGAGGGAGCAGAAGGUGGGAGGAGAGACGGAGAGAGAGGAGGAAAAACAAGAGGAGAGGAGAGCGCUACAACAGCAGCUAACAGAAAAGGACAAAGUCAUAUCCCAGCUGAAGAGUGAGAUGGCUGUCCUGCAGUCUACAGCCUCCACUGUCUCAGAGGAGAACACAGAGUUCACUGAGAAAAUCGCCCUGCUGGAGAAGGAAAGCAAAGAGAAGAAUGAGAGGAUGAAUAAGAUCAAGGCUGUGGCUGUGAAAGCCAGGAAGGAGCUGGACACCAGCAGGAAAGAGGCUGUGUCUCUGAAGGAGGAAGUGGAGGUGUUGAAGGCUGAGAGAGAGAGAGUGACCAGCUCAAUGAAAGACAUCAUCCAUGGAGCAGAGGGAUACAAGAACUUACAGUUGGACUACGACAGGCAGACAGAGCAGCUGGAUAAGGAGAGAGAGAAGGUGGAGGGAGCUGAGAAACAGAUCUCAGAGCUGACCAAACGACUCAACACCGCCGUACAACAGCAUGAGCAGCUGAGGUCGGAGAGAGAGGACCUGAAGACUGGGAUGGAGACUCUGAGGAGCACGGUGAGACAGAUGGAAGGACAGACAGCAGAGCUACACAGGCAGACAGACACCCUGAACAGAGACCAUCAGGCUGAGAGACUACUGAAGGAACAAAAGACAAAGGAGCUGUCAUCGUUGCAGAAGGAGGGAGAGGAGUUGACCGCUCAGCUCCGCAGACAGAAGCAGCAGUCUCAGCAGACUGCACAGGAGCUGGAGCAGCUACGCAAGGAGGCCCAGCAGAGCUCGUUGUUGGACAUGGAGAUGGCAGACUAUGAACGCCUGGUCAAAGAACUCAACACCAAACUGUCAGAGAAGGACGUGUGUGUGGAGGAGCUGAAAACACAGAUACACACACACACUCAGAAAGAAGACACACUCAACCAGGAGAUUGAGGGUCUGAAGUCCCAGCUGGACCAGGGGGAGGACAAGAGCGCCAAGAUGAAACAGCUGCUGGUGAAAACCAAGAAAGAUCUGGCGGACGCCAAGCGACAGGAAGCCUCUCAGAUGAUGACCCUGGCCUCUCUGAAGGGAGACCUGGAGACCCACCAACAGAAGCUAGAGAACAGUAAGAUCCAGUGCUGUGACCUGUCUGGGGAGCGCCACCGGCUGCAUGAGCAGCUGAGGACUCUGACGGAACAACAGCAGAGAACAAGCAGCUCCCUGCAACACAGACUGACCUCACUACAGCAGGAGGCCAACACUGCCAAGGCUGAGCUGUCAUUUGUCACUACUGAGUUUGACAGCUAUAAGGUCAGAGUUCACAAUGUCCUCAAACAACAGAAGAACAAGAGUUCGGCCCAGAGUGACGGACACGCCACCAAACAGGAAAGAGAGCAGAUGGAGUCCAUGGUGGACCAGUAUAAAGCCAAGCUGCAGGACAGUCAGCAGAGUCUGGCGGUGAGCACUGCAGAGUUCCAACAGCUCCAGAUGGAACACGACACACUGCUGGAACGACACAACAAGAUACUGCAGGAGACCGUCACUAAAGAGGCCGAACUCAGAGAGCGACUCCUGUCUCUCCAGGCGGAGAGUAUGUCGCUGAGGACAGAGCUUGCCCAGACGGUGGGUCAACUUACCUCCCAGGCCGACGCCCAACGCUCAGGGUUCCGGGAGCAGAUCCGCCACCUUCAGGAUGAACACAGAACUACAGUAGAGACCCUGCAGAACCAGAUGACCCGGCUGGAGAACCAACUAUUCAUAUUGCAGAGCCAGACCGCUCCAGUCCAGACCAGUCGUAAGCCAGUGGUGGACCGCCGGACUGUGGACCAGGGGGCGAUGGGAGGGCUGGGCCUGGGCCUCAGUGACCUCCAGUCUAUGGCUAGAGAGGAGGGGGAGGGUAUGGAGACCACUGAGACAGAGUCCCUGUCCCCCCCACACACACCCCUACCCUCACUGGAGCAUCUACUCACCUCCCCAGACCCCAAACAGGAGCCGUUUGUGUGGCAGGUGGAGCCGACUAAAGAGGAGUUAAGUCAGAAGUUGGCCACAGCUACACGCAGUAUGGAACACAUGAACAUGCUACUGCAUGAGACCGAGGCUACCAACGCUGUUCUGAUGGAACAGGUCAACCUGUUGAAGUCUGAGGUGCGUCGUCUGGAGCGUAACCAUGAGAGGGAGAAGAGUGUAGCCAACCUGGAGUAUCUGAAGAAUGUCCUCCUGCAGUUCAUCUUCCUGCGGUCAGGCAGUGAGAGACGGGCUCUGCUCCCCGUCAUACACACCAUGUUACAACUCAGCCCUGAGGAGAAGAAUAAACUGGCUGCUAUCGCAAUGGGUGAGGAGGAGGUGGGAGGAGCUAAAGGCUCAGGAUGGACCUCCUACCUUCACAGCUGGUCUGGCAUCAGAUAAAGACACAUCAACUACUGCCAUCUCACUACCUGCCUUCACUUUCAUCUGAUCAAUAUGUCUGAUCAACUGGAGUUAUUGAAAAGUCUUCAUAUAUUAUUGAUGAUCAUUAAUCUACUUGAAAUGAAGCAAGUGCUGACAGCAGCAAAACAAGCCAAUGCUCUUUUAACUGUUUAGUUACUGGACCGGUGAUGAUUCCUCAAUGCCUCACAUUCAAUACUUUGAUUGUUUUUUACGACUGAAUUUGUAGCUUGGUAAUAAUCCGCUCCAUGCAGCACCUAAGUUAAAAUGGUUAAUGAAGUGAACUAUGACUGUGAUAACACAUUUCACUUAAGAUCUAAUGUAGAGUGGUCAAUCGACAAUUAUAACAAUUCACAGCUGUUUCGAUGUAUCAAUAUUACAUACCAAAGAAUGUUAUGUUAAUAUGUAGGUACGUAGUCUGUAAUUGGUCAAUGUGUGUUUAUAUAGUAAUUAUGUACUUGCUGUGAAAUUACAAUGUUAUUGUAAUGUGGGGCUGCUUUUUUUCAAGUUAACGAAUCAUGCAGAAAGGGUACUGGAUAUCAAUGACUUGGUCAAAUUGAAGCCUCUGCUCUGUAGUCCUAUGGUUGUGCUUCAUAUCACAUCAUCAUUUACAAACAGAUAUCUGCACUUGAAUUUACACAUUUGGUGGACUAGCACCAACUGUGACAUGAGGUAUAGGAGUCACAUUAGGCUCUCAUUUACUAUGACCAAGGCUGCGCCUGAAAUUGUACUCUUAUUUCCCAUAUAUUGCACUAUAUUGGGAUAAAGUGCCGGUUCAGAUUUGGCUCAUCUCUUACCCAGGGUUAUAUGCUAAUGUCAUUGUUCUGUGUUAUUCCUAAGGCAUAUUAAUGAAUGAGGCCAGAUGGGGACAAGUAAUACAUGGGAAUAACUGAAUGUACUCGUAAUGAAUAAUUGGAUAUUUAAACUGGGAAAGUAUAUUGUUAGGCUAUAAAAUAUGAAUGAUUAGUGAUGUUGUAAACUGGUGAGGGUUUCCAGUCCUCACAGUUUGGUUGAAGUUGAUAUCCGCUCUGGGUUAAGACAUGAUUUAGAAAAGGACAAAUAAGUUAAGUUAAGCAUACAUUUUAGGUCAACCAUUUUAUAUAAAAAGGAGACCUGCAAUCAGUAGCAAAACCACCAUUAUUUUUCCUUUAGAGAUUAUUUAACUGUGAAUAAACAUGACAAUUAAUAUAUAUACUUUUUUUUAAUGAUUUUUUUACUUUCUUGGCCUGCCGUUACUCUUGUUCAACUAAAAAUGUAAUGUCUCAUCUCAACUUUUUAAGUCACCCCAAUUAAAUGAUUUUGAGGUAAA